ACAUGAUUUGGCACCUCCGCGAGGCGUCUUUGUACGGAAGUGCGAGGUCGAUAUGCGGGGAAAAGUGAGGGGGGAUUCCAAACCGAAAAUGAGUCGAUAGUCUCGUGAUUUUGGAGUUUAAAGACGAUUACAUGAGGACUGAAGGAUAACAGAGUUCCAAAAUGGCAACAGAGUUACGAUUACAUAGUCCAGCAGGUGUUGAACCGGCUGUUUAUGUGUGGCCUCUUCAGCACACGGAUAAGAUAGAUGGAGCUGUUGAGAUUGUUGACACAAUCAGAUGGGUAUGUGAGGAUAUUCCUCAGCUAAUGCUUGCUAUGGAGAACAAUGUCUUGAAUGAUUACGACACAUCCAGCUAUGAAAGUAUGUUGACACUGUGUGACAAAUACAACAGGACUAUUGAUGCAAUAAGACAAUUGUGGAAAGUAUCAUCAUGCGACUCGCCCAUUUCCAAGAGAGCAACGCCUGGUCUGCUGAAGCAUAUCAUGCAACAAACCUACGCCCAUGCCAUAGAUGAUCCUGACAAGCUCAACUGCUAUGAACCAUUCUCACCUGAGGUGUAUGGAGAGACUUCAUAUGAUCUGGUGGCUCAAAUGUUGGAACAUGUGAAGAUCAAUGAGGAUGAUGUAUUCAUAGAUCUUGGCAGUGGUGUUGGGAAUGUGGUGUUACAAGUGGCUGCUGCAACAUCAUGUAAGCUGGCCUAUGGAAUCGAGAAGGCGGACGUACCAGCUCAUUAUUCAGAGGGGAUGCAAAAGGAAUACAAGCGUUGGAUGAAGUGGUAUGGGAAGGAACACAGCUUCUUUCUACUGGACCAUGGUGAUUUCCUCUCUGACACCAUGAAGGAGAAAAUAGCAAGUUCCAACAUCAUCUUCGUUAACAACUUUGCAUUUGGCCCCCGUGUUGAUCACCAGUUGAAGGAGAGGUUUGCCAACAUGAAGGAAGGUGCUAAGAUCGUGUCCUCCAAAGCUUUCUGCCCUCUCAACUUCCGUAUAACAGACAGAAAUCUCAGUGAUAUAGGCAGCAUCAUGGACGUGGUGGAGCUGUCCCCCCUCCGCGGCUCUGUCUCCUGGACAGGCAAGCCAGUGUCUUACUUUCUACACACAAUAGAUAGAACGCUGCUGGAAAAAUACUUUCAGACACUCAAGGAUCCAAAACUCAGGGAAGAAUACUACAAAAGCUGCGUUCGAGCAAAGCGCCCCAGGCGCAGUAACAUUGACUACCUCGCUUCGAGAUCCCUUGAUCUCGGCAAGACUUCGAGCGACAGCGACUCGGCAGUCUAUGGACCAACCACCCGUCGCCAGUGGUCGGAAUGGAUUGCUAAUCGAGAUGGAAUGAAGGAGAACUAUGAUGAGAUGAUGGAGGAUAGUGAGAAGAUGGAUCCGGAUUCAGAUGUAUCCUCUCAAGCUUCAAGAAGGAAAAGGCGCAGGAAUAAAGACAGCUCGGAAACGGAAACUCCAAUGCCCCCACCGCCUAAACCAGCUAAACAAAAGACAAUCAAAAUCCCUAAGAAAGAAGAAAAAAAGGACUCCUCAUUGAGAGGCAGAGGCAGACCAAAGAAGGCGGACAAUGUGAUGAGUCGUAGGGCCCGGGAUGAACUCAAGAAAUCAGCUGCAUUAGGGAUGGAUCUUCUGCAUCAACACACAGUUUCGCUCAGUCAGUCACCCCCAGAUAAGAGUAAUGGUAUGUUGAAUAACCUUGGGAUGUCCUUUAACCUAGCAAGCAUGGUGACCCCAGUCAAAGAGAAAUCCAGGCCCAAAUCUAGAGAGAGGAAACCGAGUCAUCGUCAGAAGAAGGACCUAGAGGCGUCCAUUCAGUGGCUUGUUGAUGACUAUAAAAUGCAAUUGCUGCAAUUUCUAUCCUACAUGAAGACUCCUCCAUACACUGACCUAGUGAGGAAACAAUUGGAAGAAGAAAAGUUGUACAAUGAACAGCUGAACCUGAAGCGUGGUCUCCUAGAGGAUCAGAUCUCCAUGCUGUCCAAGGAGGGUGUACGACUGCUCAACCAGCAGCUAGACAAGCUAGGCAUCCAGGCCAAGUCACCGUCAGAGCUGGUGGCCAAGUCUAGGGAGAUCGUAGGCAAGCACCGGGAGCUGCAGGAGAGGUACCAGUCUCUCACGACCAACAUGCAGCUCCUUGAAGCAGACAAUAGGAAACUAGUGGAGACUCGUAAUCAAGAGGUUGUGACCCAGCUGCUGGGGCACAGUGGGAAGUGGGAUAACAGUGACAGUGCUAGUAACGCCAAGGCAGCUUCUCUCAUUACAGAGCAGAUCAUCCAGGAGUUCAGUAACCAACAAGAACUCAAGAGACAGGUCCAGAAGUUGGAGUUUGAAGUCACUACACUAGAAAAGAUUGGCGAAACCACCAAGAAACCAGAAAAGGCAGCAAAGAAAAAGCGUCGCAACAAGGGCUCUGAGAAGAGUCGUAAGAUCAAAGACAUUGUAGGACCUCCUGUUUCACCUCCAGCAAUAAAGGAGGAUACUCUUAAGCAUGAGAGACUAUCUGGGAGCUACUCAAGCAGUCCAGUACACUCCAAGUCAUGGCUUGGCGAGGGUACACCAGGGACCCAUAAAUCACCUAGAGCUUUCCAAGGUGGGCCAGGGGAAGGGGAACAUUCCUACAUGUCACCUGGCAAAGUGGCACUGCAGAGGAAACUCUCCAAUUCAAUGGAAAGCAGUCCAAUGGCGCUGAGAGACGACAAAGGGAAGGAGUUUGCAAGUGAUGUUGGACAAUUGAUGUUGAAUGCCCACAAGCAGAUGCAGCAGACGCAGAAAGGAUAUUCUGGCAAAGUUGAACCAGUACAUUCCUCUGCGCUGCAUGUUGUGACGAGUUCAGUCGCAGGAGGUCUCCAAGAAGGUCCGAUGAUGCACACCUCAAUGGCAUCCCUUGGAUCCAGGGACGGAGUCCCCACUGCUACAUCAAGUGCUGGAGUACACCAUCUUUUGCAGUCCUGCAUGAUUAGUCCGCUAGAAAUGAAGCACUCGGGUCUCUAUCGCUUCAUGCCUGCAGCCCAGGUCAGUAAGGUCCUCAACAGUUCUCUAGACACAAGUGAGCCUCCACUUAGUCCUCAGAAUGUGACUCUUUACCCUCCUGCAUCUGGACAUCCACCAGACCCCAGGCAGGAUCUGACUGCAAGUAGCAAGGUGGAUACUCCUACCCUAUCAUCCCUUGCCAUGAGUCAUCCUACGCUUGGCAGGAAUGUCACUGAUGCCGACAGUGGACGUAGCUCUGAUGCGUCCUCGUCCAAAGAAGAACUCACCAAGAUAUCCUCAGCCAGUGAGGCAGCAAACACCCCCACCUCAACAUCCUCCAAGAAAACAGAAUCAAACAAAGCUAAGAAGAGUCGCAAGCGUCCUGUCCCAACAUCAGCUGCUGAGCAGAACAUCCCUUCAAAGGUGGCUGUGACGGAGAAAUGCAAUCAGCCAAGCCAAGUGGGCGGAGCUAUGACUGAAACACAGGACAUUAUUACCAUGGUGACCAAUGUUAAUCAACCUUUAAAGAUUAGUGCAAUCCCAUCCCCUGAGGGAGCUAUAGCUGGGCAGACGGGUAGAGAGAGUGUACCGAUAUCACAGGCAGAGAAUUCAGGGGAAAAAUCAAAUACAAAUUCAGAUCCUGAAACCUCCAAUGUGAGAGAGUCCCCCAACACCAAAAAGCUACAGGCAAACAUCAGUAGCAAGAUAGAUGCCCUUGCAGCAUUCGCUUCAUCUCAGUUGGAUCGCAGCAAGCAGAUCCGUCGUCAGAGUGCAGGCAACAGCCCAGGAGACAUUCAUGGUUCCUGGGACACCCACAAUCCUAGUCAGAUGCCUGCUGGUAGCCGAUACAUGCCUACCCUGCAUGAGUCGCAGGCUGGUGUCAGACCAGCGGCAGCAGGGCCUCACGAUCUACUUUCUGCACAGCUGAGCAACGCUGGACUGGCGUGUGCUACCUCAAUACACGGCAUGACUCCCGCAGCACCCAAUCCCUGGCAGAUGGCCUAUAUGAACAAAAUCCAGGGUUCUGAUGAAGCAGGAGCUAAUAGUGGAAAAAGGGAACAGAAGGAGAAGAAAUCGGAAGCCAAAUCGGCCAAUGAGCCAACAAUGUUCGUGAGUGGACACUACACACCCAAAGGCAAGAAGCCUAUCCCUGUGAAGCUAUCUCCCAAACCUCUAGAACAAGACCCCUCUGGGGAUGAGCUAGUUCCUCCAAAGACCCCUGGAAAGGAUUUUGAAGAAGAAAACAUUUUUAGUUCAUCAAGCUUAAAACAAGGCAGCACUGUUAGUAAUUCUAGUAGUAGUUCAUCAACAAGCACUAAGACUGAGGUAAUGACGGUUGUAGCCAAGCGUAAUACAGUUCCACCACAGGAGGACACUAGUUAUACAGAUGUUCAGUUCCAUAAGAAAUUCUCUCGUAAGGGGAACAGAUGGAACUGCAAACCCUCCUCCUCUCUGAAUGUUCCUGGUCAGGAAGCACAAAGUAAGAAGCAUAGUGCAGUUGGAUCAUCAACACAGAAGAAAGAGGGCGAAGGACAGAAAGGCAAGACACAAUCCCCAGUGCCGACUGUUGUUCUGCAGAGACCUCCUGUUCAUGAUCCACCCAAGCUAGCCAUUAAGCAACAACAUUCCAGUCAUUACCAUUCUAAAGGCUCCUCAUCUACAACCUCCAGCUCUGCAGUGUCCAGUCAGCAGGGAACUAAGUACAGCAGCAGUAGUAACCAUGGCAAGCAUGACCCUAACCUUGGGCCAUUCAUAGAGCUUAGGUCUGCAGGCUUAAAGCAGGUUCCUAACCCACCACCAGGUGGUGCACCCAUUACUACGCAACAGACCCUUCUAACAACGUCUGCCGGCACCCAACGCUUCACCGGUGGCACCUACUACACCAGUGCCCUGGCAUCUUCUGGCAUCCACCCCCAAGCAGACCUACUAGACCGCUCCCAGAAUCGAGGCAGUGGUGGUAGCCAAUCCCACUCCAGCCUGCAGUCGUCGACCGAGAGCUACCGAUCUCCCUUCUCCACCCCUCCUCCGCCCCCCAGCUCCCGAGGAACGCCCUCCUCCAGCGACUCGACCCACUCUGACAGCCAUGGCUCAAUGCGUGCCACGCCCCCGUCCCAUGGGGCUCGGUCUCUCCCCCCUACCAUGUCGCCCCUACCCAGCUCAGUGCCCCUUCCUGGAGGGUAUGCAAUGAACGGUGUGAUGCCCCAGUAUGCAGUGAACCAGCAGACGGGCGAUCUAGGCAUGCCCACCUAUCUCCCAAACACUGGGAAUUACAUGCCGGUGACCCAUUCAGGCCACGGACCAAGCUACCUCAUGCAGUAUGGAACACCAAGAUAAAUUUAUGGGCUCACCCCUCGAAUUGAAAUGGAAUCAUCAGUACUAUUGACAGCAAUUCUCAACCUUGCCACUUGUGUGACAUAUAAGCACUCUGCGAGUGAUUGAUUCUACCACUGCGUCGGUAGGGGAGACAGAGUGCAAAUAACUGAGAGGGAAGUAACCUAGUUGAAAUAGGACUUGUAUGUUAUGAUACAAGUAGUGUAGUGUACAUACAAAAAAAAGUUUCUUUACUGCCAUUAUACUACAUGACUCUCAACCAGUCUUCAAAUCGCCUAAAGGUGAGAAAUAGAGAGAAACUUUAGCUUUUCUUAUGUUUACAUGUCUCAUAUUUUGGGACAAAUUGUCUUAAUUCAGUCGAUACCUAAUGCCAGUGGAACAGGCAAUGAAUUUUUCAUUUCUGAUCAGUUUUGUAUCGUCUCCUCAGUUCUGAAAAUUUUAUAUUUCUUUAGCAUUUACGUAGUUGUCAAAGAUGCAUCGAAAUAUGACAAAUAUAUUGCAAUCAAAGCAUUAUCAAUGUUUAUUAUUGAUGCUUUGAAGUAAGAAAACGUGGGUGUAGUAUGGAAAUGUGUAUGCUGUGAAUCCGCAUAAGGUGAUAGAAAUAUGAUACGGUGAAGUUUGUUAGUCAAACGCAAGCUUUGUUUGAAGCUUCAGAUAGCCAAGCAAGGGUCCCUGUGUGUAAUUAAUUUUCAGUGAUAGGAUACUAGUUGUCAAGACAUGCCAUAUUGGCAGAAGAAAAAUGUGAACAAAAAAAUCAAUGCAGGGUAACAUUUAUGAGUUCAAUAUGUCUAAUCUAGAAACAUAGCAAGGAUGCUAUGUAGUGACCUCACGUGAUAACAAUCUAUCUUCAUUAGUGCAUGUGAUACAUUGUGCCUAAUGAAGCUAAUUCAUAGUUUAUAGAUUUACCAGUCGACCAAUCCGCUGUCGUCGUUCAUAAAAGUGCAGACACAUGUUACAUUUGUUUUGUUGGGUACUCUGCUGGUAAAACUAAUCCAUAAUCUUUUGCAUUUGAUGUUACAGUAUCUGCAUAUCAGCAACUGUGUACCUGUGAAGUAGCAAUGGUUACCCUCAUUUUUGUAUGUACUUUCUUUAAUUCUUAUAAAAAUUGUAUUUCUUUAUUUCUUAUGCAUAUUGAUUUGAUCCUCUGUGGCUGCAGGUAAUUUAUUUUUGGCUGCUUGAGAGCUAUUGUCGUCUUCCAUGAUGCGUAUUGUAUGUUCCUGACAAUUAUUUGUGAUACAUGUAGCUGCUUUGAAUUUGUGUGCAUUAACAACUUUUAGGUGUAUUUGGGGCGUACUUUCUAUGAAGGAUUGGUUGGGCAGGUAUGUGGUAGGGAAUGUCAUUAAGUCAUCCAUUUUUAAUUUGUUUAUCAUUAUCUAUGAAAGCUGGUGUGUGCCAAUCCUGUUUCAAAUCAAAUGCAUAACAUAGGUAUGACAAAAUUCCCUCAAACACUAGUAUUACAAUUAUUGUAGAAAAAAGACAGUAGACCCUUAUUAAAUCCUAUAUUCACAGUGAAAAUCAGCUAGCCUACAACCAUUAAACAGUUUUUUGUUAGAUGGACUAAGAAAGGAUUUGAAAUAUCCAUUUUUGUUUGAAAUCGAAUUCAAAGUAAGUACAAUGUCAAGUUAUAUGGUGUGGAAUAUAUUCAGGUUUUCUUUUUGGUAAUAUUUGUGUAAUACUGCUUCCUAUUAGUGUCUAUUUGUUACAGACCUCUUCAUUUUUUUGUUUAAAUCUAAGAACAACCUCGAAGAUUAUAUAUUGUACAACUUCAGGAAUGAAUCAAUGACCAAAUAAAAACCGGAAUAGGCUGGAAUUUACACCUUUGUCUCAUCCGCACCAUGGUUUUGGUCAAGUAGAAAGUUUGAUAGAUUUCAAAACUCAAGUUCAUUUCCUUUCUCACGACACUGAUGUCUAAAUUUGAUACUUCAUGAUGAUGUCCUUGAUAAUUUGUAAUUAUCAAUCAUUUUGUAGAUAAACUAUGCCAACGUGUCAUGGAAAUUUUGCUCUUUGUCUCGUUAGUUGAAUAUAUCAAUGUUUUAAAAUCUCAGAAAGGGAGGUUUUCUCUCAGGUAACUAUUCACAUGGAGAUGCUGCAAACUAGCACUUAGAAAGUAGCAGAAAUGUAAUUAUUAAAAGCCUCAAGUACGUUUAGAUACUGUAUUAGAAUGCCUGUAGGUUUGUAUAAAUGCUGUUCACUGCCAAUAUGCCAGCAAUAUAGAAAUUUUGAUGGAAAAAAAAAAUACAUAAUGGAGUAU